AUGACUGCGGCCAAGGCCAUUUCCACUACCCGUUUACCACCUCACUACCGCGCGAUGCUUAUGACGAUGAUGUUCGAUCAGAGAUAUACGUGUACAACUAGCAUACUUUAUCAAGCCCGAGCCUCGUUAAGGCCUUGCACUAGCACCGGUGUCAUCAGCCUCGGUGCACCUUUAGAACCAUUAGCGCGUCUCGGCGCGUCCCCGCGCGUCCGCAUUCCCGCUUCCGCGCGGCUCAUCCCGCUUCGCGACCCGGCCCUGGCUCCCGUUAGCCGCCCGUUACGCCGCCUGACCCGGAUACGGCCACCUAAACGCGCCGACUGGAAAAACUGCCGCGCCGCGCCGCCGCGCCGUACGGUACACGCGCGACGGCAGGCGAACGCGCGACACAAUGGCGCCCUGGUUCCGCGGAACGGGAGUCAC